AUGGUUCCUAGUCAGCAACCUGUUCCUCCUAAAGAUGAGGCGCCCGUAACAACUGCUGUAAAUGUGCAUGAUGAGAUUGAUGAUAGCGAAAUUGACACCGACUGUGGUUAUGAAGGAGAUGACGAAAGGGGUGACGACGAAGAAGAUGAAUGGGAAGAAGAUGAGGAUGAAGAAGAGGGUGAAUUGGGCGGGGAUGAAGGUUUGGGAGAGUCCGUAGAAUCUGAAAGCUACGAUGACUUUGACGACCUAGACGAUGAAACGGAAUGGGACGAAUCUGGAACUGAUGAUGAGGGAAUUGUUUUGACCGAGUAUGAGGAUGACGACGACGAGGGCGAAUGGAAUGACUUCCAGUGA